AACGCGCCUCCCGUCGGUUUUGAGUAACCUGCUCCGGUCUGCGUCAACAGCCGCUCCGCCGUGUCCGUCAGUCCGUCCGCUCGUUUGUUUGUCGGGUCGGUUCUGCCGCUGCCCACACAGAGGCCCCGGUUAAGGACGGUCUUUACCUGUCGCUGGUCUGUUUGCUGAGUUACUGGUCAACCGUCCUGGUUUGUUCAGUCACUGUUUGUCUGACGAAGGUCUGACUGACUGCGAAGCCUCAAUCGAUCCUCCCAGUCUCUCCAUCUACAGCUGGACUAUGAGUGUAUGAUGUCUGAGAGCAGCUGCUAUGGCCUGCAGCAGCGGUCAGAGCAAUGCCGAAACUCUGGAGGGGUUCCACGAGGUGAACUUGGCCUCGCCCACCACACCUGACCUUCAGAACCAAACGGAGCAGCGCCCCCCUGCCCGUCACAGCACACCGCCCACCUCUCUGUACCGCACCCACUCACUGGGAGCCCCCCCUCCGGGCCUCCCCACCUCCCUGCGGGCUGACCAGCUCCCCACGCAGCCGGUUUACUCCACACCGCGGCACAGCCACAAUGGAAGUGUGCCAGGCCUGGAGGCCGAGUCUGCCGAGGGCAACUUCCUGUCCGGAGAGGACGGGGAGGACUGCAGCGCUUUGAGCGACAGCCUGUCGCGGCUUCGCAGCCCGUCGGUGAUGGAGGUCCGGGAGAAAGGAUACGAGAGGUUGAAGGAGGAGCUGGCCAAGGCCCAGAGGGAGCUGCUGUUGAAGGAUGAGGAGUGUGAGAGGUUGUCUAAAGUCAGAGACCAGCUCAGCCAGGAGCUGGAGGAGCUCACCGCCAGUCUCUUCCAGGAAGCCCACAAAAUGGUCAGAGAAGCAAAUGUCAAACAGGCAAAUGCUGAAAAGCAACUGAAAGAAGCUCUGGGCAAGAUCGACGUGCUACAGGCGGAGGUCCAGGCCCUGAAGACGCUGGUGCUCUCCUCCCCCACCUCCCCCGUGGGCGAGCUCCCAUCGGCAGGAUCGGGAGGAGGUGGCGUGAAGACGCCCUUCAGGAAGGGCCACAGCAGGAACAAGAGCACCUCCUCUGCCAUCCUGGGGACACAGCCCGACCCGUCGGCCACGCAGCCCAUCGUUCGGGAGUGUAGAGAGGUGGACAGUCAGCUGUUCAGCGAGUUCAAGGCGUGGAAGGAGGAGCCGACGCUCGAGCGGAGCUGCUGCUUCCUGGAGAGAGUUUACCGCGAGGACAUCUACCCCUGCCUCACCUUCAGCAAGAGCGAGCUGGGUUCAGCCAUCUUGGAGGCCGUGGAGCAGAACACGCUCAGCGUGGAGCCGGUCGGUUUCCAGCCGCUGCCUGUGGUCAAAGCCUCGGCGGUGGAGUGUGGAGGACCAAAUGGACGAAGGGCCGAGCUGGUCACAAAAUGUGCCCUCAGCGGUCAGACCAAAACCUGUAAGCACAGAAUCAAGUUUGGAGAUUCGUCCAACUAUUACUACGUGUCUCCCUACUGUAGAUACCGAAUCACAGCAGUGUGUAAUUUCUUCACCUACAUUCGCUACAUCCACCAAGGGCUGGUCAAACAGCAGGACGCGGAGCAGAUGUUCUGGGAGGUGAUGCAGCUUCGCCGGGAAAUGUCCUUCGCAAAGCUCGGCUACUACAAAGACCAGCUGUGAUGGACAGCCUCGCCCUCCAAUCACAGCAGACUCUCUCCUGAAGCCCCGCCCACCACCGGUUCCGGCUUUCCUCCCCUCAUCCGGUCAUUCCAGGAAACCCCCCCCCCCUCGCGUGAGUGUGUUUGUGUGUGAGAGAGAAUAACUGGUUGUUUUCAAUCAUCACAAAAGACUGACAGACUGUGACGUCCGAUGUCGUUACCGAUCUGGAGUUUUGGUGAGUUCCUGCUCAGAGGUUGAUUCCAAAACGUGCCGUUUCCUUUAUUGAAACAUGUAACGCUCCAUUAUAUAAAGACAACUGGCAUGAAAAGAGGAGCUAAAAAUGAUAUAUGUUGGCGUUUAAACUCAUGUGAGGAGCUUUGACUUUUGCUUUUUUCUCUCCCCACUCAAAAAUAUAAUUAAAGGGAAAAAAAAAACAACCCAAAACAUACCGAAACCUUCAAUCAUUAAAACAGACCGAACACAGCGAAAUUCCUCUUGUCAGAUUAAGGAGAAUCAGAGCCACUGGGUCUGAGAUUUAGGCAAAGAAUAUAAUUUAAGUAUUUUCUUUAAAAAGUUGUCGUACUGUGAGUAAAGCCAUGAAACACGGACAAAAUUAAUGUAAAAGUGAAAAUAAUUUUAUGAGGAGAAACUUGUAAACUUAAAACAAAGUUAAAUUUUACAAGACAGUUAACGCUGUUGUAGCAAAGAGGUGAGAAAUUACCUUCUCAUAAAAUCACAAUUUCAAACAUUUUCAUGACUAGUUUUUAAUGACUUUAUUCCCUGAUGAUCAGUUCACUUUUCUCAAAUUUCUACUUUCA